AUGAGUACAUGUUUACCACAAUCAACAGAUCCUAAUGGUCAAUUAAUAGUAAUGACAAAUGAACAGCAAGCACUAAUAAAAGAAUUACAAACGACUGAAACUCAAUCAUUUCCUAAAGAAAAAAAUCAAUUCACUGAUGACCAACGUCUGAGAGAAUCGUCAUCCGACUCUGAUACAUCAGUAAUUAAAAUGAAACCAAGAGUUGCAAGUCAACAAAGAGGCUUGCUUUCAUCGUCUAGUGAUGAUGGUGACAAUGAUAAUGAAAUGAAAUCAACAACUUCUGAAGAUUCAUUUACUGCUUCACUGAAACGCUCAUCAGAUCCAAUCCGAAUUAGAAGUUUACCGUUAUCACCACUUGAAGACUCAAACAAAAAUAAUGAAACCUCAGUAAAAGAUUCAGAACAUUUACCUAAAAGAAGAAGUGUUUCAAACAAAUGUCCAAAGAACUUUAAAAAAAUGAAACUUGAAAAGAGAAGCAGUGAAAAUACAACAUCUUGUCAACGUACUGAUAAUAACAAGACUAGCCAUGUUAAGAACAAAGAUAAGCGAAUGAAAACCAAAAAGACAAAAUUAAGAUUUAGAAAUGAUAGAAUCAAAAAUCAAGAAACAGAACGUGGAAAACAGUCUUCAACAAGGCGAAAAAAUAUUCGAAAAAUAAUUGACGAUAAAGAGUUGAAUAUUGAAACGAAAAAUGCUAUUGAAGCUGAACAUGAACGUCGAAAACGUAUUGUUGAAAAGCAAAAAUUGUACAAUGAUACUUUACCUGAACAAUCAACUUUGAUGUUAAAUAGUGAAUAUAAUAAAUCAGAUAAUUCAAAUCUACGUUUGAUACUCGAAUUCGAUAAAAAAACAAAUGAAUCUAUAAUUGAAGUUUCACCAAAAUUAGUUGCGCAACUUAAAGGACACCAAUGUGAUGGUAUAAAAUUUUUAUGGAAUAAUGUUUUUGAAUCAGUUGAAGCCAUAGAAAAUAAAAAACAAAAUAAUAAUGGUUGUAUUUUAGCUCAUUGUAUGGGUCUAGGAAAAACAUUACAAGUUAUUAGUUUUAUUCAUACUUCUUUUGCUUAUAAUCAAAUAACUAAAGUAAGAACAUGCCUUAUUCUUUCUCCAGUAAAUGCUGCUUUGAAUUGGUCAAAUGAAUUUAAGUUUUGGUUAAAAGAUAUUGAACCAUCGAUUAAUCAUUAUCAAUUAACAACGGUCGAACGCAAUUUACGUAUUGAGCAUUUGAUUAGUUGGUAUAAAAGUGGUGGAGUUCUUAUUAUGGGUUAUGAAAUGUAUAGACGACUAGCAGAAGGUAUUGGAAUUAAAGAUAAAAAACUUAAAAUUGCCGCAUAUAAUUGUCUUGUGGAUCCAGGACCGGAUAUUGUUGUUGCUGAUGAAGGACAUAUUUUAAAAAAUGAUAAGACAUCUAUUGCAAGUUGUUUAUCCAAAAUCAAAACAUCUCGUCGUAUUGUUUUAACUGGCACACCCUUACAAAAUAAUCUUCUUGAAUAUUAUUGUAUGGUAUCAUUUAUUAAAUCAAAUUUACUUGGUGAUCGAUCUGAAUAUAUAAAUCGUUUUGUUAAUCCAAUCCAAAAUGGUCAGCAUAGUGACUCAAAUGAACAAGAUGUUUAUUUAAUGAAACAACGUGCUUGCGUUUUGUAUGAACUUUUAACAGGUUUUGUUGAUCGAAAAGAUUAUUCAUUAUUAAAAGAAUAUUUACCACUGAAAUUUGAAUAUGUUAUCAAUAUAAGACUAAGUGACUUGCAAUCAAGAUUGUAUAAUCUAUAUUUACUAGUAAAAGUUGCUCAAAAACAACGUUCACCUGUAUUAAAGAAAGAUUUCAAAUCAGCAAAAUUAUUUGCUGAUUAUCAAUAUUUACAAAAAAUAUGGACGCAUCCAUUUCUCCUCUAUCCAUAUUUUAUUGAUCGGUGUAAAAAAGGACUUGAAGAUGAUGAUGAUAGUUUAAGUGCUGACAGUGAAUCAGAAAAUAUGUUUAUUGAUGAUAAUGAACUAGAAACUGUGUCUACUGAUGAGGAAGAAAAUAGGAUAGAAUUGGAAAACAAUACUCAAGAUGAAAUGGAUGAAUGUAAAGCAAUGACGCCAAAAACAGGAAAACAUAGAAUUUCCACUUUAUCGACAACAGUAGUUCGUUCUAAUUCAGAAUCAACAGACGGUGAUGAAGAUAUUGAAAUAAAUAAAACUUAUUCAACACAAAAUGUAACAGUAAGAAAUAAAAAAAUGAAAAAAAGGUCAUCAUCUAUAACAAUUGAUUCAAGUGAAACUGAUAUAGAAUAUAAUAAAAAUUCCACACAAGAAAUAACUAAUAAUGAUAAUGAAAAAGAAGAAAAUUCUAAUGAACUAUGGUUAGAUAAAAUUCGUGAACAAUUUUGGUUUCCGCUCUUAGAUCGGUUACAUGAGCAAAGUGAAUUUGAUGUAGAAUUAAGUGGAAAAGUUUUAUUAGUAAAAUUUAUUAUUGAUAAAUGUGCUGAACUCCGUGAUAAAGUUCUUUUAUUUUCACGUAGUUUAUAUUCAUUAAAUUAUAUUGAAAAGUUUUUAAAACAUUUACAUAUUCAAAAUGAGAAACAGUAUAAACUUCUUUUAUCACAUAAUAACAAUCAAUGCAUACCUGCGCCAUUACAAUGGAUAUUGGGAAAAGAUUAUUUUCGAAUUGAUGGUCGUACAAAGAUUAUGUUAAGAAAACGGUAUGUUGAAGAAUUUAAUGAUCCAUCAAAUUCACGCGUGCGGUUAUUUCUUAUAUCAACGCAAGCUGGUGGUAUUGGAAUCAAUUUAACUGCUAGCAAUCGAACUAUUAUUUUUGAUGCAAGUUGGAAUCCAAGCCAUGAUGCCCAAGCUUUGUUUCGUUCCUAUCGUUUUGGUCAAAAGAAACAAGUUUAUAUCUAUCGAUUAGUAUCUCACGGCACAAUGGAAGAAAAGAUAUAUCAACGACAAGUUGUUAAACAAUCAAUGUCAAAACGUGUGAUUGAUGAUCAUCAAUUAGAUCGUCAUUUUACUCAAGCUGAUAUAAAAGAAUUAUAUAAUUUUCAAGUAGAACAACUACCGGAGGCUCAAUCAACGUCAACACAUUCAACAACAUCAAGUACUGCUUUAAAUUAUCCAGAGUCAGAAGAUCGUCUGUUGUGUGACCUUCUACAAGAACAUAGUCGUUGGAUACACUCAUAUCAUUCUCAGGAUUCAUUAUUAGAAAAUAGAAUUGAUGAGAGUUUUAGUGCUGACGAACGACUUCAAGCCCUUGAAGAAUACGAAAAGUUAAAAAAUCCACCUAUUCAACGUCAAACAUCUAUUCAACGUUUUCCGUCACAGCAGACAAAUUCUUCUGUUGCAAAUAGUACAAGGCUUCUCAAUAUUCCAGUCCAUGCCAGAUGGGAACCAAAUGGCGUGACCAUCGUCGGCAACGAUGAAAAAUAUAACGCCACCAAUGAACUAUAUUGGCCUGUAGAUUUGUUUGUUCAGGAUAAUGAAACGGUGAUCUUCACUGACUGGGCCAAUGAGCGUGUUGUUUGUCGGAAGAUAAAUAGUGACAACGAACGAUUCAUAGCCGGUGGCAACGGUACAGGAAAUCGAUUGGAUCAAUUGAAUGGUCCAACUGAUGUUCUGAUCGACAAAAGCACAAAUAGUCUCAUUAUUUGCGAUCGAGGAAAUCGACGGGUGGUACGAAGAUUCUGUCGUCAUGCUAUGAUUGACACAGAAAUUCUCGUCAACAACAUCGCUUGUCGAGGAUUGGCAAUGGAUAAUCAGGGAUAUCUGUACAUUGCUGACUACCAGAAACAUGUAGUAAAACGAUAUAAAAUGGGGGAUCAGAAUGGAACUGUCAUUGCUGGUGGUAAUGGCAAAGGAAAUCGUCUAAAUCAACUAAACGAACCCAGAUACCUCGUUGUUGAUCAAGAACAGACUGUCUUUGUGUCAGAUAGCCGCAAUCAUCGUGUAGUGAAAUGGAGUAAAGAUGCAAUAGAAGGAGUGGUCGUUGCUGGUGGACGAGGCAGAGGAAAAUCUUUGAGACAAUUAUCAUUUCCUUAUGGACUGUUUGUCGAUGCAUUGGGCACCGUCUAUGUAGCAGACUCAGGAAACAAUAGAGUGGUGCGUUGGCAUAAAGGAGCACAACAGGGUAUUAUUGUUGUCGGUGGAAAUGACAGGGGAGCAGAAGGAAAUCAGUUUAACUGUCCCAGGGUGAAAAUCUAUGAUAAUAAAUUAGCUAAGAAUAAGCAAGAGCUUUGA